UCGAGGGCACAGUGACAUCAAUGGCACCUAGGCAUUGGUUGCCAGCUCUUUUCCCGAUAGGAAAACCGGGGAUGCGAACGGGCAACCCUCCGGUUGCUGGCUCGCCUCUGUAACCGCUAGGCUAUUAACCCCCUUGUGUGUUCUCUCUGUAGAGAAGCCAUGUGCCCUGUUCUGUUCCCCUGUGGGGAGAGAUGCCCCCAUCCUGGUGGCAGAGAGAGUGAUGGAUGGAACACCAUGUGGACCCUACGAGUCAGACCUGUGUGUCAAUGGCAGGUGUCAGAAAAUCGGCUGCGAUGGCAUCAUCGGCUCGUCAGCCAAGGAGGACCGCUGUGGGGUGUGUAACGGAGACGGACACUCCUGUAAGAUAGUCAAGGGAGACUUCAACCACACCAAGGGCAGGGGUUACAUCGAGGCUGCUGUCAUCCCCGUUGGUGCUAGGAGAAUCAAAGUUGUGGAGGACAAGCCCUCACACAGCUUUCUGGCAAUGAAAGACUCUACCAAGAGGUCCAUCAACAGCGACUGGAAGAUCGAGCUUCCUGGAGAGUUCCAGCUGGCCGGCACUACAGUGCGCUACGUCCGGAGAGGACUCUGGGAGAAAAUGUCCGCCAAGGGACCCACCAAGACCCCGCUGUACCUCAUGGUGCUGUUGUUCCAUGACCAGACCUAUGGGAUACACUAUGAGUACACAGUGUCUCUGAACGUAACUGAACGUGAUGAUGUCAGUGAGGAGCAGAGAGCACCAGAGCACCUCUACCUUUGGACACACAGCUCCUGGCAAGACUGCAACGUACAGUGUGGAGGAGGUAUGACUCACACAUACUUACACACAUCCCAAGGAGAGUCUUUGCAGGCUUUCUGA